AUGCCUUAUUCGUUAAUUCAAGUGAAGGAAGUCUUACAUUAUCCUCCCACCAAUAUAAUAUCGAAUAUUCCUCCAAUUUUAUUCAUUCAUGGAUUAAGUCUUGCGGCUUGGAUUUGGGAUAAUUUUUGUCAUUGGUUCUCGAAUAAAGGACAUGAUUGUUACGCUAUGAGUUUUCGAGGACAUGGACAAAGUACAAAGACUUCAAAGAAAGAUAAAUGGUGGUCAUUAAAUGACAUUACAAAUGAUGUAUCACUUGUGACUGAUGCAAUAAUUGCUAGAACUGGUGAUAAACCUGUUCUCGUUGGGUAA